AGGGCUGUUGAUUGGCUUUCCCGGACGCCUAUUGAGUCCACCCUCAUACCACGUGGCAUUCCUAACGCUAAUUGGGCAAUUCCACUAGCUGGUUUAUCAAGGAUCGACGAUUGAUUGGCUGCUGGGAGGCUUGAGAAGAGGGGCGUGGCCGCCGAGGCCCCGCCCCCAGUCCUCCAGCCUACUUGGGCAGGCGUUUCAGUGGCUCGCGGUCGCGGAGCUCAAGCGGAGCUUUCAGCUGCCCUUUCUGGCUCGCCGUUGGGAUCAUUCUCCUGGCCCCGUCAAGCAGACGGGGGGAACGGUCCCGACUGCGGGGCCAUGGCAGUAGCCUCCUUGUCCUUCGCCGCCGUUAGCUCCGCCGAGUCUCCGGCUUCUGCGCGAGGGACCCCCACCGCCUCCGCAGGCUGAGAGCCUCUGCCGCCUCCAAGCUGUGAGGGCUACUAUGCUCCCACUUUGCUGCUGCCUCCGCCUCCCGCCCGCGCAGGCACCCCUCUGGCUGCUCAGUCCCGCCUCAGCAUCAAACCGGAAGAGAAGUAAAACUCAACAAAAUCGUAUUAUGUGUGGAGUUCCUUCUUAAAAGAAGAAAAAGUGAUUAUUGAGACUAUGGAUCGGAGCAAACGGAAUUCAAUUGCAGGCUUUCCUCCACGUGUGGAGCGUCUUGAAGAUUCUGAAGGAGGUGGUGGGGGAGAUGGGAACAUGACCCAGGUGGGAAGAGUUUGGCCAUCUUCAUAUCGAGCUCUUAUAAGUGCCUUUUCUAGACUGACACGUUUAGAUGACUUCACCUGUGAAAAAAUAGGGUCUGGCUUCUUCUCUGAAGUGUUCAAGGUGCGCCAUCGAGCUUCUGGCCAGGUGAUGGCUCUUAAGAUGAACACAUUGAGCAGUAACCGGGCAAACAUGCUGAAAGAAGUUCAGCUUAUGAAUAGACUCUCCCAUCCCAACAUCCUUAGGUUCAUGGGUGUGUGUGUACAUCAAGGACAAUUGCAUGCACUUACAGAGUAUAUCAACUCUGGAAACCUGGAACAAUUACUAGACAGUAACCUGCAUUUGCCCUGGACUGUGAGGGUGAAACUGGCUUAUGACAUAGCAGUGGGCCUCAGCUACCUUCAUUUCAAAGGCAUUUUUCAUCGGGACCUCACAUCUAAGAACUGCCUGAUAAAGAGGGAUGAGAAUGGUUACUCUGCAGUGGUAGCUGACUUUGGCCUGGCUGAGAAGAUUCCUGACGUCAGCAUGGGGAAUGAGAAGCUGGCUGUGGUGGGCUCACCCUUCUGGAUGGCACCUGAGGUUCUCCGAGAUGAGCCCUACAAUGAAAAGGCGGACGUGUUCUCUUAUGGUAUCAUCCUCUGUGAGAUCAUCGCCCGCAUCCAAGCUGAUCCGGACUACCUUCCUCGCACAGAGAACUUCGGAUUAGACUAUGAUGCUUUCCAGCAUAUGGUGGGAGACUGUCCCCCAGAAUUUCUGCAGCUCACCUUCAACUGCUGUAAUAUGGACCCCAAACUACGCCCAUCCUUUGCGGAGAUUGGGAAGACCUUGGAGGAAAUUCUGAGCCAUCUACAGGAAGAAGAGCUGGAGACGGACAGGAAGCUGCAGCCCACAGUCAAGGGACUCUUGGAGAAGGGACCUGGUGUAAAGCGACUGAGCUCACUGGAUGACAAGAUCCCUCCCAAGUCCCCACGCCCAAGACGUACUAUCUGGCUGUCUCGAAGCCAGUCAGACAUCUUUUCCCGUAAGCCCCCACGUACAGUAAACGUCUUGGACCCCUACUACCAGCCACAACGAGGUGGUACUGUCCGUACCCCCAAAAUCAACCCUUUUAGUGCUCGCCAGGACCUCAAGGGUGGCAAGAUCAAGUUCUUUGACCUGCCCAGCAAGUCUGUCAUCUCGCUGGUAUUUGACCUAGAUGCACCAGGGCCUGGAACUCUGCCUCUGGCUGAUUGGCAGGAGCCCCUGGCCCCACCUGCUCGCCGGUGGCGUUCUUUGCCUGGUUCACCAGAGUUCUUGCAUCAAGAGGCCUGUCCAUUUGUGGGCCGAGAAGAUUCACUAUCUGAUGGGCCCCCACCACGCCUCAGUAGUCUCAAGUACAGAGUAAGAGAGAUCCCGCCAUUCCGAGCAUCUGCCCUACCACCUGUUCUGGCCCAUGAAGCCAUGGACUGCUCCAGUCCCCAAGAAGAAAAUGGUUUUGGGCCCAGGCCCCAGGGAGCUAGUCCAUGCCUUGCAGGUGCCUCUGAGGAGAUGGAGGUAGAAGAAGAAAGGCCAAGAAGCUUGGCUCCAGUCCCGUUUUCUGUCUCAGGCGUAGGCCUGAAAACCCAGGGAGAACAGGAUGGGUGAGGGGGGCUAGUCCCAGCUCACCUUGGGGGUGGACCUUCAGUUGAAGCCACUGGGCCCUCUUAUGUACAGCCUUGACUCUUCCCUGUGGCCUACAGAGCAGGCUGGCUAGGCCGAGCCAGGCUCAAUAUGGGGAUUCCAAGUGCCUAACGGCUGUGCAUGAGAGGGGAGACAGCAGUGAAAGGCUUUCCUACUUAGGGCCAACAGAUGAUACCAAGCUUCUGAAAUCCAGCAAGGAGCUCUGGCUCCCACCCGAUUCCCAAUGCACUUCCCCAGACAGGACCAGAGGACUCCUAGUUCUAGUUUGCGCUGGCAGGCAGCUAUUACCCCAGGUUCUUUUCCUACUCCAGGUCUGUCUUUUGCCCUUUUCUGGGGCAUAUAAGCUACUGGAUGGAACCUGGAGCUGACCAGGAAGCCAUAAAGGGCAUGGCUAUUUCUCAGACCUGAAGACUGGGGAGCUUCUUGCCAGUAUGUCUAAGACACUUGAAUAAUUGCUGUUUGCACUUACUGCACAGUCAGACCACAUCACUACAUUUCUAUGCAAGGGGAGGGUGAGGCCGUGUAGUGGUCAUGGCUCUUAGCUAACCUAUUCAAAGGUCUUUUCCAGUUGAUUAAUCUAUUUUCAUAUUUAUGAAGGAGUCUUAAUGUUCUGCCCCAUAAAACUUUCAACCCUGUGGUUGGGAGUGGGGCUGGUUUUGUAGGCCCCAGGGCCUGCUCUAUGUAUUUGUCAACAUGUGACACACCCAACUGGUUAAAUGGUUUAUACACGGACUGAUUUUCUUCCCUUCCUGCUAUGGCUGGAGCUAUGGGAACAGUCUGUCCUUACAGAACCGCAAUAAGAAAUAACCAAAGAUGAAGCUGGUCAAAUAUUUUCAUAACUUGUUUCUGUUGAUUUUUUGGUAAUACUUUUUCCCCAAGACACUUUCAGAUUUAAAAAUAAAUAAAGUUGGUGUUACAGGUGCUAGUCA